AUGGCUAUUGAAACCUUCCCAGACUCCAGAGUUUUCUAUCCAAGCCCCCACUCCAUGGACCCCUCCCCUGUCACUCUCGAUGGGAGUAUGGAUUUCCAACAUUUUGUCCAUUCUUGUGCCUACAGACUCUGCCCAUCAGGCUUCUGCUGCAAGUUGUCAGGGCCCUCCUCUGCCUGGCUUCUACUGGUCCCAUCCAUCCUUGGCCCUGAGGGAGUAAAGGAAGGAAGGCCACUGUAUUCUAGGGGCCAGAGAGAGCGUGGCUUGGAGACAUCUAUAGAUGCUUCAGUUCUGAUUCUGGUUCUCUCUAGCAACAAGGGUUAA